AUGGAUCUCUCGAAAAUGCGCGUCAAGGAGCUGGCGGAGAUUUGCCGCAACUUCGGCCUCCGCACGAGUGGGCGCAAGGCGGACCUGGUGGAGCGAAUACAGUCCAACGCAAUGUACCAAGCGGACGUGGCUGCGAUGGCCAAGAUAGAAAUCAGCAAUGGACACAGAGGCAGUCACAGCGGCAACAAAAGGGGGUCGAGUAGCAAUGUAAGGAAGCUGUGA